CACUCCUCCACACACCGGUCGGCCGGCUGCUACCCACGGCGGUUCCGCGGCCCAUCUAGUCAGACACCGACCCACCGGAUCCACCAACCCGCUUCGCCGGCUCGCCGCUCCGAUUCGCACGCUCCCCCGCGGCGCUGACUCCGGCGCCAUGGCGGGCUGGAUCUCCUCGAAGCUCAAAGCCGCCGAAACCCUCCUCCACCAAAUCGACCAGCAGGCGGCGGAGUCGCUCGGCAAGUCCUCCUCCGCCUCCGACCUCACGGCCCUGCAGCAGCCUUCCCCCGCCGAGCUCCUCGACGGCCCCGAGCCGCGCAGGCCGCCGCCGGCGACCCCGCCUCCUUCCCUCGGCCUCCGCCUCGCCGCGAAGCGCCGCCACUCCCAGCCUCCCCCUCCACCUGCGCCCGCCCCACGCCGGUCCGCCUCCGCCGCGGCGGAUCUCUCAGCGCAGGAUCGGCCCGGUGGUGCGCCUGCGGAGGCGGUCGAGGCAAAAGCUGAGGAGGAGGAUCGGAGGGAUCGGGAGGGCGAGGAGGGAGGAGGCCCGUCUGAGAGCGGGAGCGGGAGCGAUGAGGAUUCCGAUGGGUCGGGGAGCGACGACUCGGAGGAGGAGAGGCGGAGGGAGGAGGAGAGGAGCCGGCGACGUGCUGAGCGGCUCGCGGCAAUGGCGGCGCGAGCGAUCGCGGAGAGGGAGGAGGCCGUGGCGAGGCUUGAGGGAGAGAAGACCAGCCUGGAGAAGCUGCUUGCCGUCCGCGAGAAGGAGCAAGCGCAGGAGGCUUCAGAGCUGCAGACUAGUAUGAUUGAAACCAUGGAAGCUACCGAGAUAGAGAAACAACGACAUCAUAGCACUAGAAUGGAAGCCCUUGUGCGGUUGGCCGAGCUUGAGGUAACAAACGCAGAGCUGGCAAAGUCACUUGCUAGGGAACAAUGGAACCUGGAAGUUCAAGUUGAUCAAGUUGCACAACUUCGAGAGGAAGUUGAUCUGAAGACUUUUGCUCAAGAUAAAUACAAGAGGAAAAUAGCAAAGAUGCAGAAGGCAAGCGUCCCUUUGGUUGAUGAAAUAGAAUCCUUGAGAAGGCUAAAGCUUGAAGAUGAAAUUAUUGAUGCUGAAUACACUCAGACAUGUGAUAGAAUUGUCAGCUUGAAGGACAAGGCAAGGAAGAUUGAGGAAAACAUUGAGCUGACAAGAAGGGACAUGGUGCAACCUACAGAGGUGGAAAUUGAACUCAAGAAGAGGCUUGAUCAACUCACUGAUCGGUUGAUUCAGAAACAAAUGCAGGUUGAAUCCCUCUCUUCAGAGAAGUCAACUUUGGUACUGAGAAUCGAGGCUGUUUCUAGAUCACUCGACAAUAAUGCCUCAUCAUUGGCUUCAUCUAGCUCAUCAUCAAGAAUAGAUAUCGAAGCCGGUACAUGGCAAGGGUCAUAUUCGCCAAGGCUGCGCGACAGGAUACGGACUGGGCAACAGCAUCUGGGAUCUGCGAUACGACAGCUCGAUUCCAUCUUCUCAGCUGGCCAUAUCUUCCUGCGGCGGAAUCCGAAGGCACUGAUCUGGGCCACGGUGUACCUGGUGUGCCUCCACAUAUGGGUCCUGUACAUACUGUCAUCACAUUCCACAGCACCAGACACCCGCCCUGGUGCUACUUUUUCUUUGGAGUCUAUAAACAAGACUAGUAUUUAACCUUUUCCUUUUCUCUAUAUUUUUUCUUUUCCGUUUGUGCUCUACACUAUACUAUAGCCAUACAUAGCCUAUUCUUGUGCAGAAGGGGCGUUACUGCUGGACAAGUGGUGGUUUGCUGGUAAAAUGAGUUGGUUGUACACUUGUACUCUUGUAUCGGCCUGCUUCAGCAUCAACUCGGCUACGAUUCAGAAAUUCUACCACUUCAGUUUUUA